AUGCUCCUCGUCCCACUGCCAGCCUGGCUGGCCCUGGGCAUCCUGCAGCUGCCCUUUCGGCAGUCCCAGGAGUGCCUGAGCCAGCCACAGGCACUGGCGGCAGUGCGGCAGAUGCAGAAGCUGCUGGCAGCGCAGGAGGCUGCGCACACGCGGGGCACACGUGGGCUCCGGCAUCAGCUCUCCCUCCUUCAGAGCCGCCUCCAGAGACAGAACUCCAAACACAACGAGACCUGUCCGCAGCUGGCGGUGCCCACGAACGGAAGGAUGCUGGGCCGGAACCUCAGGGUGGGCCACGAUGUUCACUUCAUCUGCGACGCCGGGUUUCGGCUGGUGGGCUCGGAGACCCGCGCCUGCCGGCACAACCGCACCUGGAGCGGCACCCAACCCUUCUGCAGAAGUAUCGAUGACUGCUCCAGCAACCCCUGUGCCAACAGCGGGACUUGUGUGGAUGGCAACCAGAGCUACACAUGCCUUUGCCCCAGGGGCUGGUCAGGCCCCAGCUGCCAAAGCCCCAUCUAUGCCUACUGGGUGACUCUGAGCAAUGCCUCCUUCAGCCGCCAGCCCCGCUGUGCCGAGGGACGCCCGGGCGCCCGGCGCUGCAGCUGCGAUCCCGGCUUCCAGAUGCGAGCCGGCGGGGUGUGCCACGAUGUGGAUGAGUGCCAGCUCUUCCAGUCCAGCCCCGAGACCCGGCUUUGUCUCCAUGACUGCCUCAACCUCCCCGGCUCCUACCGCUGCCUCUGCCCCCCUGGCUACCUGCACCACGCCGACCGCAACACCUGUGAGGAUGUGAACGAGUGUGCCGGGAAGCAGCACAACUGCACCCAGGGUGAUGUCUGCAUCAACACCUUCGGAGGCCACCGCUGUGUGCACCCCAAGUGCCCCCCACCACGCCACAACACCAGCUAUGUCAAGACCUCCACCUUCCAGUGCGAGAGGAACCCCUGCCCCAUGGAGAGCCGAGCCUGCCGCCUGGCUGCCACCUCCAUCUCCUUCCACUACCUGCCCCUCCAGGCCAACCGUACCGUGCCCCACGUCCUCUUCAGGAUGUCCACCACCCGUUUCCUGGGGGACAGCCUGCGUUUCUCCAUCAUGGGCACCCGGGGCCAGGGGGUCCUCACCGUGCGGCGCUCUGACCGGCAGACGGGAGAGCUGCUGCUCACCAGCCCCGUGGCAGGGCCAGCCACGCUGGAGGUGGAGCUGGAGAUGAGUGAGUUCUCCCACAAGGUCCUCCUGGGCAAGCACAUCUUCAAGGUCACUGUCUUUGUGUCCCCAUAUGAGUUUUGA